CUUUUCGCGUAGAUCAUAAAUUACCGAGUUGCAUUGAACGCAACGUGUUGAAAGAAAAUCGAUAUUUUCGGUGUGUCCGUGAACGCAGCUCCUGUAUAAGAAUGGCGGACGGAGCGAGGGGAGUCUUACAGGAAGGAGGUUUCGAAAGUUGUUAUUGUUCGUACAUCUGAAGCGCCGCGGCGCUGCCACAUUUUCAGUCCUGGAAAAUCUUAUUUUCUGAAGCGACCGACUUCUGUAAAACACUACAAUGAAACUUUAGUCAUUAAAUUAGACGCACAGCGUGGAUAAGUGACGAGAGGAGAGAUGGCCAUCGCCCACGUGGCUACAGAGUACGUGUUCACCGACUUCCUGCUGAAGCAGCCAAACCAGGCUCCAUACCGCAACAUCCGAACGGAGCUGGCUGUGGACAAAAUGGUGACCUACGUGUCCAUUUUUGUGCCCCUCCUCUUCAUCUCGCUGGCCUUCGCCCAGGAGGUCUCAGUCGGUACUCAGAUCAGUUGUUUUUCUCCCUCCAACUUCUCCUGGAAACAGGCCGGCUAUGUGGACUCGUACUGCUGGGCAGCCGUUCACACACACACACUACCUCUGUGGCUGCACAAGUUCUUCCCCUACAUCCUGCUGCUGGUGGCGGUGCUGAUGUCCUGCCCCGCCCUGUUCUGGAGAGUUUCAGCAGCGCCUCUCCUGAUGUCGGACCUCACCUUCAUCAUGGAGGAGUUGGAUCGCUGCUACAACCGUGCCGUCACUCUGGCCAAGCGGUUGGGGUCCUCCGUGUCGCUCACCUCAGACAGCGACCCCACCGAGGGCUGCUUCAACUACCCGCUGGUGGAGAAGUUCCUGAUGACCAAGCGACGCUCACGGGUGCUGCUGUCCUACUACCUGCUGUGUCGCGGCCUCACCCUGGUCACCCUGCUCUGUGCCUGCCUCUACCUGGGUUACUACCUCGGCCUGGCCUCCAUCACCGACGAGUUCGGCUGCCCGCUGCGUGUCGGCCUGCUGGUCAACGACACCAGCAUCCCGGAGAAGGUUCAGUGUAAACUCAUCGCCGUAGGCGUCUUCUCUCUGCUCAGUGCUGUCAACUUGGCCAUCUUCAUCGCGCUGAUGCCGGUGGUGAUCUACGCCAGCGUCCGGCCCCUCUUCUGCCAGAAAUAUGCCCGUUUCCUGGAAACCUACCAGUCGCUUCCCACUGUGAGCGUCCUGCCCUCCCCUGACGGCCAAUGGGACGACCUGUCUCUGGUUCUGCUCUACGUGGAGGAGAAUAUCAGCGAGCUCAAGUCGUACAAGUACAUGAAGGUGUUGGAGAUGUUGAGGAAGCGCGGCGAAUGUUCUGGAGAAAACUUUGACACGGUGGGGCUGCUUCAGACCCUCUGCCUGGUGAAGAUGGACACCGUGGACGCACACAGAACCAUUGCUGCUAAGGCCAAACCGGAUGAAGUGAAAACCAGUCCUGCAGAGGCAGCAGCCGACGACGGAGCAGCUCAGAACAACGUCCGCCGUCCGAAUUCUGCGUCUGGAAACAACAGCAAGAUGGAAACGGAGAUGCAAGAGCUCAGUCCACUGCUGCCAGGACUCGAUGAGACAGGCAGUAAAACCGGAGAGGGCGGGACUCUUCGUCAGCGAGUGAUGUGAUUGGCUGGAUUGGACUGGAGCCCCCCAAUAAUGAUGGAGUCGUAAAGAUGCUCUAUAGCUUUGUGCUCAACAUGGAGAUGACUUUUUUUUUUCCUCUUGUGGGAGAAAUAACCUGAAACUGAUGCCAAAAGACCAAAACCAGUGUUGGUUUUGCAUUUCAGGAUUUUACUAAAUUUAUUUUCUUAAACUGUUGAUUGUAUUUCAGAUAUGAUUGUUAUAAACACUGGAAAAAAACUGAAUAUACCCCAAGCUGCCAUCAGAGGUCUGCAGUGACAGAAGAGCUGAAGAAUAUGGCUUGAAAUCAGAUCAUCUCAGUCUGAGUUUACAUGUUGAUCUCUGACAGUUUACAGACUCUUUUAGUGAGGACAGCUGCUGGGCCUGAAUACGAUCGUUAUUUAGACUUUAGCUGAUUGUUUGAAUCUGUGCUGCAGAUUUAAUUUUUCAUUUCUGAAGAAAUCAGAAAGGGCUCCAGCUGCAUCUCUAAAGCCUGUGACAGAUGUUUCUGAAGAUGGGAAAACCUUAGAGGAGAAAAAUAUUGUUUUCAGGAACUGAAUGUGUGAUCAGCUUUUUGGAUUCUCUGUGAAAUGGUACAGAAAAAAACAUGUUGUGUUUUUUGUUUGCAUCGUUUGUUUGGGAGCGUUUAGUUGUUAUUGGAUGGUCGACAAUAUUUCAGGAUGUUUUUUUUUUAUGUUAUAAAAUGGGAAUUGCACAAUGUGAUUUGUUGUUUACUCCAUGAUUUUGUUUCACCAGGUUUUAAUCUGUCUAAGCUGAUUUUCCUGCUGACAUGGAUCGUUUUCUCUAAUUCAGACCCUCUUUUUGCUAUUUUAGAGGUACAGAUGCGUGAAGCUUGUUUAAAAAAACGUACGAGAUGUUCAUCAGAGUUAGUUUUAAAAAAAAACUUAACUCACCAAAACAUGUGCAAAAAGUGUGGAGUUUGGUACUUUGAGCUUUAAUGGUUUAAUACGUUGUUUGUGAUUCUCAGGAACAGAAACAUCUGCUGCUUCAGAUGAUUUUACUUUACUGUUUUUACUCCCUGUGCCUGAACUCGACAUGUGUUCAUUAAAUGUCUGUAAGAUCCUCUCGCUGUUGGCUCUUCUUGAUGUGGAUGGUAAUAAAUAUUGUUCUAAUGAUGAUGAUGUUGACUGUUUUUCGUAUGAUGAGCAGUUGUAACUUUUUGUAGCAUUAAAGGCAAAAUGUAAUGUUUGGUGAUUUUGUUUUCCUGUAAUGAGUAAAAGAAUAUUGCUAUUCUUA